GUCGGGCUGAGGGUUGGACUCGAUGAUCCUGAGGGUCUUUUCCAACCGGAAUGAUUCUGGGAUUCUGUGAUUCCCUCACCUGGGCGGAGGGCACCGCUCUGGUGCCCCGGGCAUUGCGCAGCUGGUCCCAUCUCCCCUGGGACAGGAACAGAGAGGUGGGGGAGGCAGGACAGCAUUUUUUUAGGUGACUUCUUGCUGCUCAGGGUUUUAAAGGCCUGAUGCCCCCUGGCAGCCCCUUUGCGAUGGCUCAGCCCCUGCCUUCAGCUCUGCUGGGAGCAGCAGUGUCCUGCGGGGCCGAGCAGCUCGCGAGGGCCGGGCUCUGCUCUCGCACCAGUGCCGUGCCAGUUUCUACCAGCGUGGGAGAAACCCCAGCUGGGUGGUGGCAAUCGAGUUCCCAAACGCAUUCAGACAACACCGACUGAUUUUUUUUUUUUCUUAAAAACUCCAGGCAAGUUAUUGCCAAAAUCUCCCAGACCCAGGUUGCAUUAAGCACAGUAGAAAACCAGUUUCUGUCUGUGCUGUGGGUACCGACGGGAUGUCAGGGCUGGGCAGGAGGGAGCCGAGCAUCCCCCCUCCUUGCCCAACACCCCCUGCAGCACUACAGUGCCCGUGGGCACCAGCCAUGGGGGUCCCAGGUAGUGCGUGUGGACACGCAGCACUCCCCAGCAGCUCCCCGCCUCCUCCCACUGCUCUCCCCCGGCCCUUAAUCUGUUUGAAUUCUCUACCUAGGAGCCGUUGGCCCUGGCAGCCCCGGGGAGCAGGGCUUUCUCCCUCCCGCAGAUUGUGCUCACCGAGUGGGUGUCUGAACCGCCGUCCCCCGAAGCCGAACCGGAGCUGUGGGUGGAAACGGGCUCCUCGGAGCAUGGGGACCCGGCCGGCAGCGGAGGAGCAGGAGGGGAGUUUGCACCCACAGGGGGAAGGAAAUGCCGUGUGUCUCCUGGCAUGUCCGGAAAGUCUCCAUCUGCACCCGGGUACCCUCCAGCCUCAGCCCCGCAGCCCCCGAGCAGCCCGUCUCAGGGCUGUGCCCCUGCAGCAGGAGAGACUUGGAGGUUCCCUCUAGCAGCCAGCAAGGUCUCGUCUCUCUCAAAGCAUAAACGGAGCCGUCCCGCAGUGGGAGGAGGAGGGGAUGCCGCUGGCAGGCAAGAAGGCAGCGGCCAGACUCCUUACCGAGGUCCCUCGGCUGCACAGCCCCCUCAUCUCUGCGGGGAAGCCAAACGUCCCGGAGCUGGAGCGGCCGCGCUCCCCUCCACCGGUGCAGGCAGCCAAGGGCCCGGCACCGUCCCCCAACUUCCCGGUGCUGGGGACCCUCGAGGAGCAGCCAGGCAGAGUGUGCGGGAGGCAUCGCUCUCUCCUGGAGACUCCGCUGGGAUUUGCAGACGAGCGCAGAUUGAGGACAGCUCGCCAGCCCCAGCCUGCCCGGUGCCAGAUCCCAGAGCUUUCCCGGGCGGGGAUCCAGUCCCAGGCCAGUCCCAGGCUGAGCAUCCCCCGGUCGGUGCUUUCUCGAGGCCGAGCCAUUGUGCAGCAUCGCCGGGCCGGGGCGGGGGGGCUCCGGCUGCCGGGGGGGAAGGCGGCGCGGAGGAUGCCGGCGCGGGGGGGAAGGCAGCGGAGGGGGUCUGCAAAGGGCAGUUGUCCCCUCGCCACUCCAUGACUCCGCGCAGCAAGGAGAUUUAUGAAGGCACGUACCAAAGACUGGAUAGCCUGGAAGAAACUAUCCGUGAGCUGGAACUAACCAUCAGUGAGAUCAGCAGCCAUCCCUCGGCUGAAUUUGUAUUCCCUAGAGAGCUGCUAGGACAAGCGGGACCCAAGGGUACCAGCGAGGAGAGCAAGGAAGGUCUGGGGGAUCUCAAACACGGUAGCUGUGACGAUGGGACUGUCCUGGACCUCAGUCGAGCCAAAGAUGAUGAGAGUCCAUCUCCAAGCAAGCCCAAGCCGCCUCUGCUACCCAAGCCGCAGCUCCCCCUCGACACUCCGCAGCAGAGCGGUGGCGUGUCCAUCCCGGCCAUGAAGGUGGUGAACCCGGCGUCCCGGCUGAAGCAGAGCCCACAGGGCAGCCCCGACAAGAGCAAGCACAUAAAGCAGCGGAUGGAGUACAUGCGGAUCCAGGGCCAGCAGCAGGUAGUCCAUCUCUAGCACUGGCCCAGCCGGCUCUCCUGGUAGCCGGGCGAGCCGCAGGCUGCCCACAGCUCCAGCAUCCCCCUCGCUGCCUUGUACGGGGAGAGGGUGCUUGUGGUGGGCAGGGGAGACCCUGCGGGUGUUGCUUUCGGGGACCAGGGUGUCCCCUUCCGCCUUGGCUGAGCCCCGUGGGGGUGCAGGGACCAAGGGGCUCUCACCCCAGUCUGAGCCCGGCGUGGGCUGUUGGGGACGGGGACACAACUUUGCGCUGAG